GAGAUCGGUGGAUCAGGUCGAGCGCGCAGGCGCAGAUGGUGCAUUGCUUUCACCUGCUUCUUCCAGGGUUUCCAAACGGACACGACCUACACUAGUGUCUCGAAUACCCUGCAAAACACUGCGCUCAACCUUUCCGCUGAAAACACGGUAACCAGCCGGUGUACUAAAGCAGUGGUGUGCAGAACUGAUGGGAUGAUGGAGGACCAGGCAGCCGUGCACUGAGCCUUCUAUGGCUGUCGCCACCAUGGACUCCGAGUCAGCCCAGACACCGCAACCCCAGUCUGCUCUGACAAAAGGAGGCCAGUCACUGCUGCCCGCUGGGGCUCUGAGCGGCACGUUGGGCCCUCAAGGAAGGCAUUACGCUUGUGGCUCCCUUGCAGCGUUCACCAAUAUUGUUGUGACCUUUCCCAUCCAGAAGGUUCUGUUCCGCCAGCAGCUGCACGGCGUGUUAGCCACUGAGGCGGUGCGACAGCUCCAAAGGGAUGGGCUGAGGAAUCUGUACCGGGGUUUGCUCCCCCCUCUGCUUCAAAAGAGCACCACAGUGGCCAUCAUGUUUGGGCUUUACGAGGACUUCUCCCGACUGCUGCUUGUGCAGGUCGGGGACAGUGGUGUUCCCGAGAUUGUCACGAGAAGCUUUGCCGCAGCCCUGGCGGGAACAGCGGAAGCCAUCCUCACGCCGUUUGAGCGUGUACAGACCCUCCUGCAAGACCAUCGGCACCACAACCGCUUUAACAACACAGCCCACACCUUUCGAACUCUUCUGACCGAGUAUGGUGUCAGAGAGUGCUACCGCGGCCUCGUGCCUAUACUUCUCCGCAACGGCCCGAGCAACAUCUUCUUCUUCGGGCUCCGCGGGCCCAUAAAGGAGCUGCUGCCAGAGGCCACCAACAGGGCCACUCACGUGAUCAAUGAUUUUGUGUGUGGAGGGCUGCUGGGGGCGGCCCUUGGCAUUAUGUUUUACCCAUUAAACGUGGUGAAAGCCCGGGCCCAGUCCCAGGUCGGCGGGGCCUUCCAGCCAUGCAGCAAGGUGCUGUUAACAGUGUGGAGAGAGAGGGGUGGCAGCCUGGCGAUGCUGUUCAGAGGGGCCCACCUCAACUAUCAUCGCUCCCUUCUUUCCUGGGGCAUCAUUAAUGCCACCUACGAGCUGCUCCUCAAGCUCCUAUGAGGGGAGGAGCAACGCUCCCAAAGGGAAAACCCAUACAGAGGUACGGAAGAGCUGGAGGGGGAACUGUCACCAAGACAGCAGUUGCACUACAGAUGAGGAGGGGCCAACAGUCAGUGUAUCAGCUGCCAUUGUUACUAUUCAAGAAGUAUUACGACGGAGACACACCUGAGCCUUUAUAGAAAACAAAACGUGUGCCAGGGUCCAAACGCAACGCCAUGGUUUGCUCCGAAAACUGAAAAAAGUGGGGGGUGGGGGUUAAAAGUCUUUCAAAAACUUGUUUUUGGACAAACUUUUCUAUGUUCUGUGGUGUUUUAAAGAUUGUACCCAUAUGUUCAUCAUACCCAGUUAAGGUUUUCCCAUUUCAUCACUUUUAUACUUUAUUUUUUUUUUAGCAUGAUCAGUUGGCCUCAUUAUUAACUUCCGCCUGCUAUUCCCCUUCAAGCUUUUUUUUUCAGAAUCCAUCCUAAAUGAGAUUCCAAAGAGGCUGAUCCAAUCCGUGUCACUAAUUCACUGGUUUUUAAAUAUAUAUAUAUAUAUAUCUGUAAAAUUCAAAAAAAUAUAUAUAAUUUUUAAAGUGAUUGACUAAUUAUGUGUUGGAAUUAAAUGUUUUGAAUAAAAAGUUAUUUUCAGAGAGGUCUUUUGAGUUGA